GGUUUUUUGAAUAUUGUUUACAUUUGGCAUAUCGUUUAGAGUUCAAAACUUGGCAGGUCAGAGCUAUCAACAAAAACGCAUUUAAUGAUAGAUAACAAUUAAUACAAAAUAAAAUUCGAUCUGAACUGGGACUUUUAGUCGACGUGGACAUGGCACUACAAAUGAUGGUAAUACAGCACGAAAAUUUUUUAGAAACGCUGAAAUAUCUGCAAAUUGUACAGGCUUAAAUGUGGAAUUGAUCCAGCAAUGUGGAAAUAUUUUAUCAGCUAUGGCCAGCGGAAUGAUAAUUAAUAUAGAUUACUUUGAAGAGUAUUGUUUAAAAACAGCAAAGAUGUUUGUCACGUUAUAUCCAUGGUACUACAUGCCCGCGAGUGUGCAUAAAGUGUUAUUACACGGUGCAGAUGUUAUAAGAUUUGCACCACUUCCUAUUGGUAAACUAUCUGAAGAAGCGCAGGAGAGUCGAAACAAAGACUACAAACAAUACAGAGAGCAUAAUACUCGUAAAAACUCUAGGCUAAAUACAAACGAGGAUUUGUUACAUAUAUUGUUGAUUUCGUCAGACCCGUAUAUUUCGUCCAUUCGAAAUGUGUCAAAACAAAAUGAACAUGAGUUAUCAGAUGAUGUAAAAAAAUUAUUGAUAAUACCAGAAUCAGAUGAAGACGAAGAAAGUGACAUAAAUCAAUCUUUUUCAGAAAUCACGCUGACUGAUUAAUCAGUGAUUUAUCUCGGAAGAUUAUAUUAUACACAAUUAUUUAAAUUUGAUGGUUAAUUUAGUUCAUU